UAAAACCCAUUUUCUGAGAUCUCGCGAUAAUUCAGCAGAGCUCCGUUCGCCAGAAGAGGCGCCUGCAGAAGGAAUAACAACAUCAACUUAAAUUGGGUUUUGAAUAUUUCCAGCUCAUAAACGUCGAAGAUGGGUAGAUAAUACAGAAUUGUUUGGAUCAGCUGAACAGACCGCACUCUGGCUUUUAAGAGGCUCCUGACAGAUAUCUCUUGACUAGCAUAGUAUGACCCAGUACACACCACAGACUAGUCGCUCUAACUUCUUAACUGUUGUGAAAGCAGAAGCUUCAACACCACCCAUCUCCACCAACAUGGCCAACAGCACCGUCGCCCCCGGGAAAGUUCCAGGCACCCCUGGACCUGCAGGAAGACUGAGCCCUGAAGGCACUCAGGUGCUUAGUAAGAAGAAACUGCAGGAUCUUGUGAGAGAAAUUGACCCUAAUGAGCAACUCGAUGAAGAUGUGGAGGAGAUGCUCUUGCAGAUUGCCGAUGACUUCAUUGAGAGUGUGGUGACGGCGGCGUGCCAACUUGCGCGACACAGGAAGUCAAACACCCUUGAAGUGAAAGAUGUCCAGCUACACCUGGAACGACAGUGGAACAUGUGGAUUCCUGGUUUUGGUUCAGAUGAGAUCCGACCGUAUAAGAAGGCUUGCACCACAGAAGCUCACAAACAGAGAAUGGCAUUGAUCCGCAAAACAACCAAAAAGUAGCAAGAUCGGAAGCACCAAUAAACAUUCUUUUUCUGCAAGUUUUGGAAGUGGAGGGAUUGAACCUAUAUAUGUUAUGUUAAUCAGAGAGGCAGAAUGCGUUGUACUAUUCACAGUACAGUUCUGUUGACUUUUCGCAUUCAAAAGGUGCAUAGGAAGUGACGUAAAUUGUCUGUACGGUUCACUUUGUGUUAAAACAGUUUAUUUUGGCACUUUGGUCUCUGACUUGGUGCUAUACUGGGGUUUAUUAUAUUAUAGAAUCUCACGGAUUUCUGUGAAAAACAUCAGUUUAUUGUUUCUCCCACAAACCGAGUUUUCAUAUUUUGUGUAUAGCUGACCCUUCAUGUGGUCACACGACAUUUGCUCAGCUGGCAUUAAUAGCUAUGCACAAUUACAAUCACCAUGUAUCUGAUUUGUUCAUAGUGUUUGGUGUUAUAGAAUUCAUCACUUAAGUAAUAUUUAGUACUAUAUAUUAGACAUCUUUAGUGUGUGAUUUUCUAAAGGUAAACAGUCAUUUUUACCAGAGAAAUAAAUACCACUUCCCCAUUUAAUUCAUUGCAUUGGAAGUAUUGACAUAAUGCAGAAUGGUUAAUUGGUUAUAUGUGUGAUGUAUGGGAAAUGGUGCAUAAACCCUUUCUGCUGUGGGUUUGUGGGCAGAUUUGAACAUUUCCGUGAAGUUAAACUGAGUAUAAACUGUUUGUUUUUUUGCCAUGUAUCACAGUGUUUUACAGUCUUUUGUUUUUCAUGAAUAAAAAACAACUAAUUGUGAUUUAUUCACACUGAACUCA